CAAAGCUCAGAAUGGAUUUCAACAUCACCUUCACGGAUAAUUUCAGUGACGGGUCUAACUCAUCACAAAGUUUCAAUGCAGAAACCGGUGAGCAGUACCACAACGUCCUCAUGCCCAGCAUUUAUGGGGUCAUCUGCUUCGUUGGCAUUAUAGGCAACUGCAUUGUCAUCUACACCAUUGUGAAAAAGACAAAGUUCAGGGCUCAACAAACCGUGCCAGACAUCUUCAUCUUCAGCCUGUCCAUCGCAGACCUUCUGUUUCUUCUGGGCAUGCCGUUCCUCAUCCACCAGCUCUUGGGAAACGGUUCAUGGUGCUUUGGUCCCACCAUGUGCACCGUCAUCACGGCAUUGGAUUCCAACAGCCAAAUCGUGAGCACGUACAUCCUAACCGUCAUGACCCUGGAUCGCUACCUGGCGACGGUUCACCCCAUUCGCUUCAACCACAUACGUACCCCGUGCGUGGCUGUGGGUGCCGUCGGCCUCGUGUGGAUUCUCUCUCUGCUUUCCAUCACGCCCGUGUGGAUGUACGCCGGUCUCAUGCCCCUGCGGGACGGCUCUGUGGGGUGCGCUCUGCUUCUCCCCAAUCCGACCAUGGACACCUACUGGUUCACUCUGUACCAGUUCGUGCUGGCCUUUGCCUUGCCCCUGGUGAUCAUUUGCGGCGUGUUUUUCAAGAUCCUCCAAAACAUGUCAGCCACGGUGGCCCCGCUCCCCCAGCACAGCCUGCGCAUGCGCACCAAAAAGGUCACGCGGAUGGCCGUGGCCAUAUGCCUGGCGUUCUUCAUUUGUUGGGCGCCCCAUUACAUUUUGCAGCUGGCACAUUUGAGCGUGCACCGGCCCAGUUUCGCCUUUCUCUAUGCGUAUAACGUAGCCAUCAGCAUGGGAUACGCCAACAGCUGCAUCAACCCGCUUCUCUACAUCGUGCUUAGCGAGACCUUCAAGAGACAAUUCAUCGUAGCCAUCCGGCCGGCGCACAAAGACUUCCGGGCCGAUGGGGGGACGGCCGACGGGAGCCUCAGCCUGCGUUUGGCCCCUGACGGAGGGCAACAGUCUCAGUCCUCCAGGGAGUUGCUGCCGGUAACCGUGGCUGUGCAUUGAGCUCAGGUGAAACCGCAGGGUUUGACGCUGAGCGGAAUUGUGUUAAGUGCAUCCGUUGCAUUAAGUGUUAAUGAGCAUCCGUUGAAAAGAAGUUCUUCAGCAUCUUGCAGAAUUGCUCAUUACGAGAUGUUGUGUAUUUAAAUAGAUUUGUGACGACACCAGCGAGUUCUCACAGGAAACAUUUAUUAUGUAUAUGAAUUGGAUGAAUCAUACAAAUAUCAAUGAUUGUACGAAUAAAAGCAGUUAGCAAGCCCCACCCCUAACUCCAGCCCAAAACGAACUAUUGUAGGCAUGAAGGCAGAUCGUCCUAAACAUACAAAUUAGAUCCUACGAGGUCAUUUGAAUAAGCCAUCUGCUAAAAUAGUUGCAUUUCCAUGAGUGCCGUUGGAUGAUGCACACUUUUGUUUCUGUUGUUCUGUGUUUCAGUGAAAGUGAUGUUAUGUAUACAGGAACACAGUGGAUUAUGGCAAAAAAAUUACAAAUUAUAUAUAUAUAAGGUGUGGAAAAGACAUUUUUGAGGCAAA